UCUUUGGGCCUCAUAAACAACCACAGAACCACAAGUUGGGUACAGAGGCAGUCACCCAAGAGCGGGUCCGGGAUAUUGGUCAGCAGGGAGGGCGAAUCGUUGUGCCUGCAAACCACAGGGUUUCGGAGGGUGGUGGAAGAACCCCUAAAUUCCCUCCCAGUGAAGAGAGAGUGAGUUUUAAAGAGGAAAGGAUGGCUUCGAACAGCAUAUUUGAGUCACUUCCUUCUUACCAGCACUUCUUGAGAGAUACCAGCACCAGCCGCCGCUUCACGCCGCCCUCCACCACGCUGAGCCCGGGGAAGAUGAGCGAGCCGCUGGCGCUGCCCGGCGCCGAGCACAGCGGGGCUUUGCCGGGGAAGCUGCGCAGCGCCGACCGCAGCAUGGUGGAGGUCCUGGCGGAUCACCCCGGGGAGCUGGUGCGCACCGACAGCCCCAACUUCCUCUGCUCCGUGCUGCCCACGCACUGGCGCUGCAACAAGACGCUGCCCAUCGCCUUCAAGGUGGUGGCCCUGGGGGACGUCCCCGACGGGACCCUGGUGACGGUGAUGGCUGGGAAUGAUGAGAAUUACUCGGCGGAGCUGCGCAACGCCACGGCCGCCAUGAAGAACCAGGUGGCGCGGUUCAACGACCUGCGCUUCGUGGGCAGGAGCGGCAGAGGACAUCGGCAGAAAAUAGAUGAGCAGACAAAGCCCGGCAGCUUGUCCUUUUCUGAGCGCCUGAGCGAGUUGGAGCAGUUGCGUCGCACGGCCAUGAGGGUCAGCCCACACCACCCAGCCCCCACACCCAACCCUCGAGCCUCCUUGAACCACAGCACAGCUUUUAACCCUCAGCCUCAGAGUCAGAUUCAGGACACCCGGCAGGUGCAGCCCUCCCCACCCUGGUCCUAUGACCAGUCCUACCAGUACCUGGGCUCCAUCGCCGCGCCCGCCGUGCACCCCGCGACGCCCAUCUCACCUGGCCGUGCCGGCGGCAUGAGCUCGCUCACCGCCGAGCUCUCCAGCCGCCUCUCGGGAGCGUCCGACCUGACGGCGUUCAGCGACCCCCGGGUGGGGAUCGACCGCUCCUUCCCGGCGCUGCCGUCCAUCUCCGACCCUCGCAUGCACUACCCGGGAGCCUUCACCUACACGCCCACGCCCGUCAGCUCCGGCAUCGGCAUCGGCAUGUCGGCCAUGUCCACGGCCGGCAGAUACCACACGUACCUCCCGCCGCCCUACCCCGGCUCCUCCCAGGCUCAGGGCAGCCCCUUCCAGACCAGCUCCCCUUCCUACCACCUGUACUACGGCACCUCGGCCGGCUCCUACCAGUUCUCCAUGAUCUCCGGCGGGGAUCGCUCCCCGCCGCGCAUCCACCCGCCCUGCACCAACGCCUCCACGGGCUCCACGCUGCUCAACCCCAACCUGCCCAACCAGAGCGACGUGGUGGAGGCCGAAGGGAGCCACAGCAACUCGCCCACCAACAUGGCCAGCACGGCCAGGCUGGAGGAGGCCGUGUGGAGGCCGUACUGAGGAGAUGGGAAGGAGCUCAAGGGUCAGGACUAAAGGACUUCCCAUUUCCCAGCGGGAUCCCAGAAAACUUCCUUGUGGGCCCUGCCGUGUUCAUCCACGAGUUUCAGGAGCAAACCCUUCCCAAGUCAGCGCUCCCAGGAGCGGAGGCUCUCCUUGCCAGGCCCUGGUGGAGCCGAGUCGCUCCGGCAAAGUAUUCCCGGCAGGAGAACGAGCUUCUGGAAAGGAGGAUGCUCCAGUUGGUGGUGCAGAGGUAGCGAGGGUGGGUAGAAGGGUAUCCAACCUGAUUCCAGGCCUGUGGCUUCCCAACGUGCCUGGGCUUGAAGGUCUCCACAGCCCUAAAAGAGAGUUUCGGUUCACUUCUAUUUUUAAGACUUAAAACCUUAAAAAAAAAAAAAAAAAACCCAAAAAACAAAACCCCAAAAAACAAAAAAUAAAUCUUAGCGAGUUUACUGCAUCUUAUGGACAUUUUAAGUGUAAGGAAGUAUAGGAAGAUUCCCAGAGGGAAACUGUGAACGCUUCUGUUUUAGCAAUGCUGUGAAUGAGAGGUUUUAUAUGUUGGACUUCGUUCUUUCUUUUCUUUGUUUUGUUUGUAUAUUCCAAAGAAUAUGGAAAUUUUUAUUACUGGGGUUUUUUUUUUGUUGUUUGUUUUGUUUUGGGCUUAGAUUUUUUUGGUGUUUUUUUGUUUUGGUUUGGUUUUUUUUAGGAUGCAGCUCAUCCUGCUUUGCAUCUAAUUUGUUUUAUUUCUCUUGGCACCUUAUAAAUUGCAAAAAAAAAAAAAAAAUCUUUUUUUUUUGUUUUAAUCAUGCUUGCUUCUUUCUUGCUUUGUCAACUGAAAGAAUCAGCCCCUUUUUCAAUGAGUUAAUUUAACUUUUUAUCUCUUGGACUUUUUUUUUUUUUUUUUAACACAACGGCUACAGCCUUGGGUCAUUUUCAACUACUGUAUUUCUUUGAUGAGUUCAUUGAUAUUUAUGCUUGAUAUUUAGACUUUUCUUAUUUGUUGAUACUAUUAUUAUUUAAAUAUGCCUAUAUUAAAAAAAACAAAUAUCAGCAAUUGCCUUUUUUUGGUAGCAGCCAAAGUCAAAUUUCUCACAUUGAAAAAGGCUGGAAUAACGAUGGGCAAAAGUGACCUCCUAAUUCCCUAAAAAUAUUGUUUACAAUUAUCUCACUCUCAUUUUUCUCAGUUUAGAUCCUCAAAGGCAUUGAGAUGGCCAAUUCCUGCUGGAAGGCACCAAAAUCCCUGGGGAUUUCUGUACCUUUCCAAGUGGUGGAGUCAUCUCUCCCUCCUCCUAUUUUGUCACCAGUGGUGACCCUCAGGAUCAGGAAUCAGGAUGUAGAUACUUCCUAAGGCAAAUUCAAUAUUCCCUAACGAAAUACCUGCCCACUGGAGCGUCAGGACACAGGGAAUGGCUUCCCACUGCCAGAGGGCAGGGAUAGAUGGGAACUGAGAAGGAAUUGUUCCCUGGGAGGAUGAGGAAACCCUGGAAUAAAAUUCCCAGAGCAGCUGUGGUUAUCCCUGGAUCCCUGGAAGUGUCCAAGGCCAGGCUGGAGCAGCCUGGGAUAGUGGAAGGUGUCCCUGCCCACGGCAAUUUUGGUGGAUGAGCUUUAAGAUCCCUUCCAACCCAAACCAUUCCCUGGUUCUGCGAUUCCCAUGGCGAGGGGGAAGUCCUGGCUCUGACGGAAUCUGGGUGAGAUUUUCCCCCAGGAUUUCUGUGCAGCACUAAAGCCACGUUCCAUCCUGCUGGCAAACACACCCGCUCCUGGACAGGGCUGGAAAGCUCACCUGGAAAGCUCCAGAAAAUCCAGGGUCUGGACAAUCCUUCCGUUUCCAUCUUCUGGGAGAAGAGGAGGGAUUAUUUGAAGUUGGUGUAGCCAAUGUUGUGCCCUGUAGUAAAUCUACAAGGCUUUUACUACGAGCAGGUCCAGCAGGGAGCCGUCACCGCCGCCCGUCGUCCCAGCACAAACAUAUCAGACGUCACUGUAACGUUUUUGGCACUAUUUUAUUGAGGGUUUGCUCUUGUACUACUCCUUAACUCCAAACUGCUGAUGUUGACAUGUGUCAGUCCCAAAUGAGCUGAUUAUUAUUUAAUGUACCUCUCAAACCAGAGGAAAAAAAUUGCAGGUCAACUCAGAGAGUAUUUGAAAGCAGGACUUCAGAUCAGUGUUUGAUGUUUUAAGAAAAAAAAAAGAAAAAAAAAAAAAAGUUAAAAGGAUUCAAAUUAAAAAGAUCCUUGGCUGCAGGCAGCAAAACAGCUGGAUUUAUUUAAAACCAUUUGUUUUUCAAGUUUUCUCUUUUUUUUUUAUAGAUAUAUAUAUAUGAUUUUGCUUCUUUGUUCGAGUUGGAUGCAGUAGCACUUUGGUAUUGAAAAGAAUCGAAGAAUUUCCAUUGUCAAUAAGGUUGUUUUUGUGCAGAAAAUAGGGAGUGUUUCAAGAGAUCUCAGCAAAAGCCCAAAAUGUUUCUGUUAAAACACAUGGCCUUGUGCUUUUCAUUUCAUGGAAUAUCCUUUAUAAUUUUCCAGAGUUUGCUCUGUAAGAAAAGACAGAAAACAUCCAGAUUCUAUCAGAAAUGUAUUUGGAAAGUCUGGAGACCCUGCUGAAUACAGAAAUACAGAGACCCCCCCCCCGGUUGUAGCAUUUCCUCAGCUGGACUCUCACCUCUUCAGUACCCUAAAAUAAAACAUCUUUGAGCAGUAGCUCUGCUGUAGAAUCCUUUCAGCACAUUCUGUGCAAUUCAAACCCUAAUUUAUUCCAGCUCUCAAUUAAAAUCCUAAUUGAUUACAGCUCCCACAUCUGCCUUGUGACUGGACCACCAAAGUGCACAGAGCUGGGAGUGGGAACACAGCAGGGAGAGGAGCUUGGAGGAGCCAGGAAGGGCCAGGUGACCUGGAGAGGGAAUUUUAACAAAAGCAUGGAGUGACAGGACAAAGGGGAUGGUAUCAAGAUGAAGGAGGCAGGGUUAGAUGGGAUAUUUGGAAUUAAUUCAUCCCUGUAAAAUUCAUCCCAGCACAGGGUGCCCAGAGAGGCUGUGGAUUCCACAAGCCUGGAAGUGUCCAGGGCCAGGCUGGACAGGGUUUGGAGCACCCUGGGACAGUGCGAGGUGUCCCUGCCCAUGGCAGGGGUGGCACUGGGUGAGUUUAAGAUCCCUUCCAACCCAAACCAUUCCAUGAUUGGACGAUUCCGUGAGUUCAGCCUGGUGGGAGAAGUGAGGUUGGUGUGGUCACCAAGGUGAUCUCAGUGUGGUCACCAGGGUGAGCUCAAUGUGGUCACCAAGGCGAGCUCAGUGUGGUCACCAAGGUGAGCUUAACGUGGUCACCAAGGUGAGCUCGGUGUGGUCACCAAGGUGAGCUCAGUGUGGUCACCAAGGUGAGCUCGGUGUGGUCACCAAGGUGAGCUCAACGUGGUCACCACAUUGCCAGGCCCAUGGGACACCACAAUCUCCUUUCUGCUACAGCCCUUUUAGCCCCCAAAAUUGAAACUCACCAACCCUGGAAGCUAAAAAAUUUAGGGAUUCACAGGAAGAGGGAGCAGGAAACGCUCAGACCCUAAAUGAAAUAUUUCUUCUGUCUGUGCCUCUCCUUUGUCUCCACUCAUCCUAAAGGUGAGGUUUGAUUUGGCUCUCCCUGAUGUGAACAGGAUGAGGAAAUACAGAACCGGUCACCACCACAUUUCCCUGUGAAUGACAAUUUCCUGGAAUUUCCCAGUGUUUCCCAUGUUUUUAUUGCCAGCAACCAAAUUUUGGAGCUCAGCCUCUCUGGGUAUGUCCAGCACUGCAAAGGAAAGGAAAAGCCAAGUUCAUUAUCCCUGGCAAUUAAUCUGUUUAAUCACUGUGGGUUUCAGUGUAUUCACUCAUCAGAAACCACAGUUUCUGUCAAUAUUUGGUUUUGUAGCCAUCGCUAAGGAUGGCAGAGUUUUUCAAGGCUGUGAAAAUGCUCUCACUGUCUUUCCUCUUGUACUUUAAGAGCACUUAACAGGCAGAAAAAAAAGACACUUGGAUAAAACCUUUCCCCCAUCCCCAUCUCCAAAUUAGAGUGUAUAAGCAUCUAUUUUUAUAUGGAUAUCAUAGAUAAAUAUUUAUAUCAUUUUAUCAUCCCGGGAUGCUGGAUGGAAUCAGAAAAAUGGAAUUCUUCUGCUUCUGCUCUGGAGCUGCAGUCAGCAGAGUGCUUUAGGUACCUCACCCUCCCAAAAUUCAGCUCCUGUCUGUUCUCACUCUCAGCUUGGGUGCUCCUUUCACAAGACACAGCUCCUUGUGCACGUCAAACAUCUUCAACGUAAAUUUUGCUGGAUCUGAGGACAAAUAUUUCCCUCUCCAGUAACAUUUAAACUCAUUUAAGAGCUCCUGCUGGCUCUCAGAGCGUUGGAGAGGAGCUUUAAUGCAGGGAGAAGAGGAUGCAGAAGGGUUUGAUUUAUAGAAUGAUGCCAAAUUCUCCGCUGGGAAGGAGAGAAAUCCUCUCCUCCAAAAAAUAUCCCAAAUUUCCUGCGCUCUUGAAACAUUCACUGCUGCUUCCUGGGUGACCUUUUCCAUGGGUGUGUUUGAAAUUCAGGGAGGAGUGGAUCUGUUUUCUGUCCUUGGAGCAAAACUCUGCCUUGUUUUUCUGCCUUGUUCCAUUUUCCCGUUGGAUUUUUGUUCACCUCGCUGGGUCAGUCCCAACCACUCGGUGUUUUUCUCCUCGUCCUUCAAGGGUUGCAUCCCCAGAGUUACUUGUAUUUAUGUCUGUAAAUAGAUUUCCAAAGCUUCCUAGCCAAAAUAUUUAGUGCUUGUAAUUACUCUGCAUUUUUCUCUUUUUUUUUUUUUUUUUUCUGUUUUUAAUGAACUUACCUUUGUGUUUGCUGAAAUACUGUAGUGAGACUUAUUUCUUUUCCCAAUUAGUUAUUUUUAGGCUUCAAGAGGAACUACAUUUUAUUCACUUUUGUAAACAGUUAUAGCAUGGUCUCUAUCCAACAUCAUCCUUCACUUUUUUGUGGUAGGGGAGAAACAAACGUG